UUGAGCAUUGUAUCGACUAAAUUUAACAAACUUUAUUGGACGUUAGAGUGGUUUUCAAUGCUGACUUCGUAAUUCUAUAAAGAAAAUUAUUAGUUACCAUGUGGGCAUACAUCAAUAACAAUCCGACUGGCUUGUCCUGUGCCUUUGAGUGUACUUCUUAUGAAGGAAUGAAAAGUUUAAGAAUACAGGUUUAAACUUUUGUGGUAUAACUUGGUGGUUGUCAUGGUAAUUCACAUUCAAUCUUUGUCUAUAGGAAGCUUAGAGUUGUAGGUAAGAAGAGUGAUCGUCACCUUGAGUGGAUGGUGCCACAAGUGUGCAUGAAUAUUUUUAAAGGAUACAUGGAAAUAAUGGGGUACAUGGAGGGGUAAGUGACAUGGCAGUUGUGAAUAGAGUGCACAGUAAGAAAAUAUAUAUUUGAAAGUAUAUUCAAUGGCAUGUAACAUUUACCAUGACAUAGCCAACGGUAGGAAAAGAUGUUCAAAGGAAAGGGUGUAUCAACAAAAAUAAUUUAGUUGAUUAAAGUUUUACAAAUUGAUUUAUUAUGUUUGUGUAUUACACUUAAUACACAACUGGCCCCACAUGAGCUUGAAUGUGGCAUUUUAAUACAUUUAGAACCUAUAUGAUAUAAAACUUAUUUGGGAGUGAGUAGAUAUUUUCCAUAUUUUAGAUAGAGAUCUAAUCCUUUUAUUUACACAUUUUCAGUCCUAAAAUCAGAGAUUUGAACUCUGUAUGUAGUUGUUUAUAAUCAGUCAUCCUAGGUCAGGGAUGGACAAACUUUUCAGUGCAGGGACCACAUUAAAAAGACUCACAAUCUUAUAGGGCUACAUAUUACAUUAACCCAAAGUAAUUAAUAUUUCAAGGACAAAAUAAAAGCUUUUUUAAAGAAAAGCCAUUCUUCUAUGCCUACACUCCUGCAGGGAGAAAAAAUCCUCACAAUAUUAUAUAACUUUGUUUGUUGAUUUUCUUUUGAAUAUAUGUACUAACAUCUGUUGGGUUGCAUGAAUUCCUUUGACAGCCUACAUGCAGCCUGCUGGCCGUAGUUUGCCCCACACCUGUCCUAGGUUCUAGGGUGCAUGAAUUUCUCAAAAUCUCCCAGAAGUGUUCAUGAACCUGGAAAAGAAAUGGUGUCAUUUGCCAAGUACAGUUUGGUUCCCACGGACGAGCCCAAGGACAAUGACCCACCCACCCAGCCAAGCUCAGGCGCCUUUGAUUACAAUUCAGCGUUCAGCUAUAAAUCUGCAUUUGACUACAGCAAAUCCCCGAGUCAGUACCAGUCAGCAUUCGACUAUGGCUAUGGUCACAGGGGUCACUCAGUGUCCCUCAAUCUUGGGGAGAAGGGUAAUGAACGGAAAAAGAAGAAAUUCGCGAACUUGAGUGUGAUGGGAUGUCUGGCAACCGCAGCCACCUGGCUCAGUUACUUCUGCAUCUGCCUCACCUUCCCAGUCACUCUAUGGUUCUGCUUCAAGAAGGUGGCCCAGUGGGAGCGCCUCAUUGUGUUCCGCCUGGGCAGACUGCGUGGGGUCUUGGGACCUGGUAUGGUGUUCAUUAUUCCUUGGCUUGACAACCACACACAAGUUGAUAUGAGGACCAAGGCCUUCUCUGUCCCUCCACAACAGCUCAUCACUGCAGAUAAUGGGAUUAUAGAAAUGGGAUGUGAAGUGAAGUAUCGGAUCAGUGACGUGCAGCGACUCACCACCUCCGUCACUUCUCCAGAACAUGGCCUGAGAUCCUUUGGCAAAACUGUCCUACUAAAUGUUCUCACCAAAAAUACUGUCAGAGAGACAGAGAGAGACCGUCCCAUUAUUGCUGCCCAGAUCCAGAAGGAGCUCAACCUAAGAGUAUUGGAGUGGGGCAUUGAGAUAGGAGAAGUAGCGCUGAGCACUGUCAACAUUCUGAAGGAAGCUGAGCCCAAUAAUCCCCUCAAGCCCAUCAUGAACUGUUUUGGAGGCAAUGGUAAUGGUGGUGGUGGCACCCAGGUGUUUGCUCCGCCAGGCUCCUCUGCUACCGCUGCUGCAGCAUCUUCAGUCUUCAAUAUUCCUGGCUUGGGCAACUUUGGGGACUUUAACCUUCUUGGAGGCAACAGCUCAAAAAAGAAAUCAGAAGCAAUAGAUCAGCUGGCUGUCUCUGACAACAUCCUUCAGUCAUCAUCCCACCAUAAUCGUGAAGUCACCAGUAGUCGGUCACCACAUUCAAAGCUGGGAAAGCAUCUGCAGGGCCUCAUCAGUGGAGCAGGUGGCGCAGAUCUGGCACAUGGGAUCUACAGACUACAAGUAGAGGGAACAGAAGGAGGGAUCUUUAUAAUUUUCGUGGGCAAUGGAGUGAGACAAGUGGUGGAGGGAGACUUGCCAAAGGUCACUCCAGAUGUAGCAGUAACCAUUGCCAAGAGUGACCUGAUGGCAAUCCUGGAAGGUUCAUUGGCACCCCUACAAGCAUACCUCUCAGGACACCUCACUGUGCAGGGGAAUGUCCAGAUGCUCAUGGGUCUUGAGUCACUACGUCAGGGCAACAAAGAGAAGGAUGUAGAUGAUAUUUUUAUUGUCUAAAGCAAGGAUUUUGGAGAGAAAGUAAGAAAGGGACCACCUCUAAGGUGAGAAGAUAGAGUAGGAAAUGUUUGGAGAUAAAAAUAUGAAAGAGGAGUGAAUGGACUGGUACCAGAGAUUUGUAAUGCUUGGCUGAGCAUAAGUAGGAUUUUAUUAUUAUUAUUAUUAUUAUUAUUAUUAUUAUUAUUAUUAUCAUUAUUAUCCAGCUUAUAGGAAACUCCAAGUUUCUGGGAGUGAGGCAUUAAAAAAAUACAUAACAUUAUUAGGGCAUUCACUGGACUGUCUGAAACCAUGUUUAUGUAUUUACAACUUAAAGCAAAUUUUCAUUUGGCCAAAAUAUCAUAUGGCAAGUGAACAGGCAGUGGAAAACUUCAGUAUACACAUGCCACCAUCUUUUUUUUUGCAAGUGUCACUUUAUGACUUUAUGAAAAUAUCUGAUCACCAUUCAGACCUUUAAGUCUAGUCCUACCAAAGAAUUCAGUUUAUAUUUUAAAGCCCAAAUAAAAAAUUUAUUGUCAAAAUGAGCUCAUAAGGGCAAUGCUGUUACUCUUUGUUCUGUGUUCAGUAUUGUAUGUUUUUUAUCAAGUUUUUUUUUAUUACUAUUAAUUGUAGUAGACUGCCAUUGUAUCAGUCAGGAGCAGGCCACUGACUAAUAUAAUGGUGUAAAUCAGUUCAAUCCUCCUAACACUGCUCAGCCUAAGCUGAGGUGCAUAACAUUCAUCUGGCAUGUAAGAGGAAGAGACAGGAAGGAGUACAUAGGAGGAAAUCCUCCCUACCCUAUCUCCCUCUGUACCUUCGUAUUUUGUGGCCUAAUGAUAAUAUGGGUAAGAGAGGGGACUUGAGCAAAGAGGAAAUUUCAUCCAUAAACAAUUUUGUGAUAGCAGAGAGGCACCAUGGAGUUGUCGCUGCACUGCCCUCACUGACAGCUCAUCCAGCAACUAAGGGUUUUGUUUUCACUAAACAUGCUGUCAGACAUGGGUUUGCAUCCACUUUGCCAUCUUGUAACAUUCAAAGUGUGGUGAAAGGUUUUCUGGGCCUUGCCAGGACAAUCUUGUUGCUGUUGUGAUGCUGCCUCAACACUCUAAAAAAUUGUCUGGUCCAUUGCUGCACAAUUUUUUCACUCACACCAAUUCUAGCUAUAGCCUUUGUAGGUUUCUCUGCUUUGUACAGGCUUACUAUGAAUGAAAAUUCCUCUUUGCUCAAGUUUCUUUUCUUGCCCAUAUUGCCACUAGACCACAAAAUAUGAAGACGACAGGGUGCAGAGGAAGAGGGGCAGGAGAAGCAAAGGAGUUACAAUCCCCCUCACUAGCUUGGCUAGAGGGUAUUUGGUGGGUUCUCUUCCCUCACACUCCCUCCUCUGUCUCCUCCUCUCACACAUCAGAUGUACAAUACACACCUCAAUUUAGGCUGGCCAGUGUUAGAAAGAUUGAACUGAUGAUUUGUGCCAUUGCAUCAGUUGGUGGUCAGCUCCCAACUAAUGCAAUGACAGACACUGUAUUCUAUGUAUGAAUGAAAUGCCGAGAUGUAACCACAUUAAGUUUUGUUCAUUGUAUUCUUAGGUCAAUGAACAAAAAUAGUGCUUUUGGUUCUGUCGAGGAUGCUUCCUCUCACAUAUUUGUGAUAGGGUUGUAAGGCAUCACACAUUUAUUUAUAUUUAUAUUUAGUAUGACCACUACCAGUUGUAACCUAUAAACAAGAUGUAGGCAAAUGACAAAACUGGUAAAUAAGUUAAUUUCUUGGUCUUGUAAAAUCAACAGCAAGAUAGUAUUGUGUAUGUCAUUUUUCAACACUGAUUGUUGUAUGCAUCAUCAGAAAAACAAGUUUAGGGAAUUGAGUUCAUGUCCCAACCAGUUUUCAGUAACUUCAUCAGGGAAACUGAGUUAACUUUGGUCAGAUUCCCAUUAUAUCAGAUCAGUGAUGACUCAUGGUGCACUGCCAAGCCAAACACUACAGUCACUGCUUGACUGGAUCACACACCUGGCCCUAACCUUGGGAAUGCACAAUGCUACUGCUGGAGCCACCUAUAUGACCUCUGUUCUUUUAUUGAUGUUGCUAUUGUUGUCGAUGUAUAGGGCCUUCAGUGUCUUCCUCUUCUUCCUGCAUAGGCCACAAUGCAGAACUUUAGCAUCCUUCCAGUCUGGUAGAUGCCCUACUCUGAUCACAUGGUCCACAGGGUGCUGGAUGUGUGAUGGUGCCUCACAUUGACACAAUACUAUUUCGUCCUGGUAUCCAGCCCUCUGCUUGUUUCGUUAUAGUAGCUGGGAUCACAACCACAGCAUGAUAUUUGGUUUACCAUGCUGUCGGGGCUGCUCUUUUGGCUUGUGACAAUGUGGUUUACUAGCUACUAUGACAAAAUAAGCAGAGGGCUCAACACCAGGACCACUGCACAUCCAGCACUCUGCCCUGGUGAACCACAUGAACAAAGCAGAGCACCUAUCAGAUUGUAAGGAUGCCAAAAUCUUACAUCAUGGCUUAUGCAAGAAGAGGAAAGUACUGGAGGACCUAUAUAUCACCAGCAAUAGAAACAAAUGUUGUAUGGGCAGCUGCACUGGCAGCAUUGUGUCCCCAAGGCCAAGGGCAGGUGACACAGCACACACUAGCCAAUCAGAGACCAGUUUGGCUUGGCAGCAUGCCAUGAGUUGCCACACAGCACUAACUCAGUUCUCCUGAAGAAUCUACAGUGUAACUGGUUGGGAAAUCAUCUUAAGUGCCUAAGCCUGUGUUUUCUUUCAUCUCUUCCAUCCUGUCUUAAAUGCCUUUAAACAUAGAGUAAAAUGUUUUUUCACUUGUCUUGCUGUCACUCGAAGGACAAACCUUAUUGUGUUUAGUUCAAAUUUUCAAAAGAAAAAAAAAAAGAGAAGCUUCCAGGGAUAGCUUUUCAGACAUUUUAAACUAGUUUUUCUUCUGUACCAUCAACUGUGGUAUAUCAACACCUUACAAGUAAUUUUUGGGAAAUAAGUGUGGUUUUAAUUGGUAUAGCCCAUAUUAAAUAUAAAUAAAUUCAUACAAUUUAGACAAGUCCAUAAAUUCUAUAUUGAUUCUAGUAAGCUUGUACACGAGAGGGACAAGAUAGAAGCAGCAGUGGUGGAUGCCUGUGUGCAGCUCAUGAUGUGCUGGCUGGCUAGGGCUGCCUUGCCUUGCAUGAUUACUUUUCAAGGAUAUGGAUACAUAAGAUUUGCCUCAACACUCACUAGGCUGCCAAAUUUAUCUUUGUUCAGCACUGAGGAUUCCUCAUUAAAUGAGAAAUAAAUUUCAUGACACAGUGAACAUGCAAUAACAUUUCAGGAUUGUUCACUUGUAGGUGAAUAACUGAACAUUUAAGAAUUUAAUUCUUUUCAAAAGAUUAUUACUUAUGGAUUUUGUUAUAUACAUCUUAUUAUUUUUACUGUGAUAUUUUCUUCUAUAUUCCUUAUCUAUUUUUGUGAGCACUGUCUUUCAAUUUAAGUAAUGAGCAAUUGAUAACAAUACAGUAGACGUUUGUUCAUUUGACCAUGUUGGGACUAGCUAGUUGUAGAGAUCACAUUUGGAAUUAAUUGUCAGAUAGUGAAAUGUAUAUGUAUGGACAAAAAAAAGGUAUGUAUGCAUGCAAUCCACUAUUCUUAGCCCAUCUUUGAUGAGGCAGAAGUUAAGAACUGAGAGACUUUAAAGACAGAGGUUCACACCAGUUAGCAAAGGAGCAAUAUAAACAUGUGUCUUGUGAACCAUGUCGAUGAUGUCUUAUUGUUGAAUAUAAUACCAAGCACUGAAAACAUUCAAGUAAAAAAUAAGAGUAGACAUAACAGAUAGUCUGUCAUAUGCAAUACAAGACUACUUAAUAUUAUAGUUAGUAGAAUUACAAAUCACCACACUGCAAAGCCAAUAAAUGAUUCGCAUUGAGCAUUACAGAAUCUGUAAUAGCUGAUGUCAGCUUUAGUUUAUAAAUGCUCUGAACUUUUGUCUCAUAAGGGUGGACUAAAAGUUUUGGAAUGUAUGUACAGUGUACAUUGGAAUGUAUUGCAGUCAAAGAAAUUAAUUUGCCAACAAAGAUAUUUGUGGGACCCAAGCUAUGUGCAAACUCAGGAACAGUUCUAGUGUAACUGGAAGAUGCCCUCUGUUUUUAAUUCCUAGGGAUUGAGCUGCUAAAAGCAGUAUGAUACAUCAUAUGCAUUAAGUUCCUCCAUGAUUUCUCAAGAAUUACAUAUACAAUCCUUUAUUUCAUCCUCACAUCUAAAGCUCACCUCCCAGUUUGCAAAUCUGUUUGGCACAAACUUCCAAAUAUUUUACAACUAGGCCUUUAAGUUUUUCUCAUUUGUUCAUCUCCUUGCUUGGAACUGACAAUAAACUCAAAAUACUUGUUUUUUCUUUUUGCCAUUCCAAGAAGUAAUAUUACAAUGCACAUCAUGAUUUCUGAGCUUAAAAACAACAUCUAUACAUUUUGAUGUAAAGCCAUCACUUGAAUUGUUCCUGAGCUUCAGUGCAAAAUUAUGUACCCUCAUUUCAAUGUUUUUUUUUUCCAAAAAAAAUGCAGGCAAAAAUAUAGCAGCUAAAUUCACACACACACACAUACAUUACAAUGCAAUACAUUUAUGGCACUGUAUGAAUACAGUGUACUAUAAGAAUAAAGCAAUACAUCAUAAAUGUAACAGUAAAUCAGUAGGGUACACUUACUGUUUUUAUAAAGGAUGUCAUAUUCAGAAAUUGUCAAAAUCUUUCAAUUGAAAGAAAGUGAAGAGUGGAGAUUCCCAACAAUAAGCACAUCUUUCCACAAUACCAACCUCAAUAUUUUUUUUCUCCCUAGUUUAUUAAGGCUAGGGCAAUGCCUUCAUAUGAAGGACUUGUUUUUGGCAUUUAGGAACCUUUAACACGAGUGGAUGCCCUUCCUAUUCUCGAAUCUGUGCAUGUAAGGACUCCUCAGUCCCCCCAAAAUCCAUUGCACCACAGCAGGCCUUGAGACAACCUCAAUUUAAUGAACACUGAUAUACAAAGUAUCAAAUGUAAUGACUUUUAUUCCUUACAAACAAUCUUUGGAUUUUACGAACUCUAGAAUAUCAUGGGUAUUGUGUGACACUGCCAGUAAGUUGUUGAUAACACCUAACACAAAACCAGCUCUAUUAUUUCUGCAUUAAUUGCCUCUCUAACUUUGUCACUUCUUAAGUGAAGAAAUUAAAAUAGGGCAUUUUCACCUCAAAACACUCAUUUUAGGCAAGUUCCCAAAGUAUAAUUCUAUGGGUGUCUUUUGCCCAGAAUCUGUAUUUGACACAAUUUGAUGCCUCUAGCUGGAGGUUUAUUGGGAAGGAUAGUUUACGUAUGUUUUGGUGGCAUAUCCACUGUAAACAAGACAUACACAAUCUGAAACUCAUUAACAAUAGCAAUAUAAUUUUUUUGAUAUUUAAAUUUCUCAAGAUUUGAAUAAUGAACUGGUACUGAUAUGUUAUCAUACAAGAAGCAAAUUAGAGUUGUGAACAAGUACAAUGUAUAUAUAUAUAUAUAUAUGGUAAUGCAUAUAAAGUUUUUUUUUUUUUUCUCCUGAAAAUAUCACUUUUGCACCAUUAUAAAAUUAACAGUUUAAUAUGGAAGGUGCAACAUAAAAGAUAUUAAGGUUCAUUCACAUUUUUUUAAAGUUGACCACUGAUUAGAGUAAAACUUGCCCAUGCAUGUUUUAUUGCAUGGUUGGAUAAACAAAUGUUUAUGCUGUCCUAUGCUUUACUCAUAAUAUUAAAAGUUUAUUGUUGGGUGAUUAUUAUUCCAUAACACAUGAUUGCAAUUCAGUUGUAGCAAUUGCAAUGAGCUGAUCUCAUUCCACUAAUGUUGUUAUUUAAGAUUUUAGUGACUUAUGUAAUUUAUUUUUCUGUAAACUAUGUAACAUUUUUCUUAUACCUUCAUUUGUAUCUGUGCUUCCAUACUCCACACAACACACAAAUGUUACUUAUUGCUUAAGUAAACAAAUCAUCACAUCA